GAAAUCGUUACGAUCAGACUGUACAGUUCGAACGGUGCAGUUUAUCGUAGCUGGCAUACAAGCUAUACACGCUACGAGAAAUCGUUGCGAUCAGACGGUACAAUAAGCGGCGCCGACGCACACGUGUCAGUGAUGGCUUCGACAGACGACGGUUUAGCAAUUAUUGGAUUAAUAUUCGUCCUGAAGGAAAAAAAAGUGAAGCAGAAAAAUCGUAGCAUCUGGUGUAAAGAAUGGCUAAUGAAAAGAAGAGUUCAUUCUCAUGUCAAUUUGUUGGCGGAAUUAAAGCUUUAUCCAAAAGACUGGCUUAAUUUUCUAAGAAUGGAUCACGAUACGUACUUACAUCUACUGAAUUUGGUAGCACCAAUUAUCGAGAAGCAAGACACUAUUAUGAGAAAUGCUAUUCCACCCCACGACAGGCUUGUAGCUACUUUGAGGUUUUUAUCAACAGGAAGAAAUUAUAAAGAUUUAAAAUUCUCUAGCAUCAUUUCAUCUCAAGCCUUGGGUCGCAUAAUACCGGAAACCUGUGAAGCAAUAUAUAAGGUUCUCCGCAAAGACUAUUUUAAGUUCCCACGCUCGGAAGAAGAACGGAAGGAUGUGGCAAGUGGAAGUGUUCGAAAAGAGAUGGAACUUUCCGCACUGUCUAGGCGCGAUGGAUGA